AAACCAAUGGCGCCCACGCUUUUCCUCAGAAACUUCUGCUUAAACAUUACUUCCUGUCGAACCCUCUCCAUUCUGUUUAAAAUAAUAAUGGGUUUUCAAUUGUAUUCGAGAUUCAAAGAACAUGGUAAGAUCUACGGUAAAGCACAGCUUCACAAAAUCAACAGUCGUUUUAGCGCUUGUAUUUCUUCUUGCGGUCGCUCUCACGGUGGAUUUUUUAUGGGCGUCUAUGUCGUCUACUUCUUCAAUCGCGUCCUCCUGGACUAGUCGGAAGGAUCGCAUUGUUGUUAUACCAAACGCCGGCAAUCAUACUGAAAACAAAAAGUUGAUUAUUUUGCAGAAGUUUGAUAAUAAAGAAGACAAGAAUAGGGGUUCUCAGAGAGAUUUAUCUGGGACAUUUGCUGAUUUACCUGCUCCAGAAUUAGAAUGGGAACAGAUGCCGUCAGCUCCUGUGCCGCGAUUGGAUGGUUUUGCAAUUCAGAUUAAGAAUCUUUUAUAUGUGUUUUCAGGAUAUGGAACCCUCGACUAUGUUCAUUCUCAUGUUGAUGUUUACAACUUCAUGGAUAACUCGUGGGGAGGGAGAUUUGAUACGCCAAAAGAUAUGGCGAAUUCUCAUUUGGGAAUGGCCAGUGAUGGGAGAUACAUAUAUAUAGUGUCUGGGCAGAAGGGUCCCCAAUGUAGAGGUCCUAUAGCUCAUACAUUUGUGCUAGAUACCCAGACCAAGAAAUGGGAGAGCUUGCCUCCAUUACCAGCGCCUAGGUAUGCUCCUGCAACUCAGCUAUGGAGAGGCAGGCUUCAUGUAAUGGGUGGCAGCAAAGAAAAUCGCCAUACACCUGGAGUAGAACAUUGGAGUCUUGCGGUGAAGAAUGGCAAAGCACUAGAGAAGCAUUGGCGAAAUGAAAUACCCAUACCACGCGGGGGACCACACAGGGCUUGUGUUGUUGUCGAUGAUAGGCUCUUUGUCAUUGGUGGCCAAGAGGGUGACUUUAUGGCUAAACCUGAGUCACCUAUCUUCAAAUGCUCGCGGAGGCAUGAGGUUGUUUAUGGGGAUGUUUAUAUGUUGGAUGAUGAGAUGAAGUGGAAAGUCUUGUCCCCUAUGCCCAAACCAAACUCCCACAUCGAAUCCUCUUGGGUUAUUUUAAAUAAUUCCAUUAUUAUCAUGGGAGGAACGACAGAAAAGCACCCAGUGACAAAAAGGAUGAUCUUAGUUGGAGAGAUGUUCCAAUUUCAUUUGGACUCACUUAAAUGGUCUAUUAUCGGAAAGCUUCCAUAUCGAGUGAAAACUACACUGGCUGGUUUCUGGGACGGCUAUAUUUAUUUCACAUCCGGACAGCGUGACAGAGGACCUGAUAAUCCACAGCCGAGGAAAGUCAUCGGGGAGAUGUGGAGAACCAAGUUAAGCUUGUGAUGUUAUUUAUUUAUCUAUCUAUCUAUUUUUUGUCUUUCAAGUUAUUUGUAAUGUAUAAGUUCCCAAUUGUCAUUUUUUUGGAUACUAGGUGAAAAGUUUAUUAUUUAUUCUUUAGGGUACAAUAGGAUAGUCAUCUCCCUCUAUAAUGUACAAUGGAAUAGUCAAUAGUCAUAUAUAGGUGGUGAUUUGAUGAAUUGUGGCCAAUUUUGAAAACAUUUGCAAGUUGGCCAUUUCUUAGUUAAAAUGCUGUAAUACCCUUUUUGUAGAAAUGGUCAAUUUCUUUGUAGGGUUAUGAUUUCAUAA